AUAUUCCUGCAUUUCUUGUUGUACUCUGUAGGGGUUUUGCCAUCUUCGCAUAGAUGACUGACUGGAUACGCGUGCUCGUUCAUGAUUUCACCAAGCAGUCGGUAGUUCAUUAGUAGUGGCCCAUAGAAAUGCUCUUCCCACCACAAUUCCAUGGUCUUCUCACUUAUUGCAUCCCAGUCAAUUGCUCUAUCGAGCGCUCUAUGAAACUUGUAAUCAAUGUUAUACCUGACACUGAUAUUGUCCAUCGCCAUYACACAUACCCGAUAGUUCUCUUCUCUCAUUUCUUUCUGAGUAGGCAAUGCUCUCUGUCCCGUUAUGUAUCUCACCAUCAUCCAUGCGGCUAUGUCAAUUUCGAUYAAGGGCGUAUCGGUAAAUUGAAGUAAAAAGAACAUCAUGUUUGGAUUUUCAGUCGAUAUGCAUCCGCGGUAUAGCUUAGGGUAAUCCGAGUAAAAAUAGUCUGAAGCUUUAUACAGAUAUUUUGCUGGUUUGACAUGCCCAAAGUCCUUUCCCACUGUUGCGUCAAGAAAUUUGCUUUCCUUCAUUCUCCAAUCGUCCGGGACUGCAAAAUACCAAUCAUCAUCACAUUCUUUAGCGUCAACUGCUUCACUCAAGGAACUAUCAAGCAUGCUCAAGUUUGGUGAAUACCCAGUACAGAAGAUGACGGUGUCGAUAUUCUUCAAGAUUAUCUCGUCUUUCUUCUUCCAAAUCUUGUAAGAUUGAUGAUAGACAUCUCGAUAGACAUAAGYUAGAGUAACUGUGUUCCCUUCCACUUUCUUUACAGUUGUGUCAGCGUAUGGUUUAACCUUAUUGUAUGGCCAUUGCUCGACGUGGUUCAUUUCUUUAUUUUCGCUUCGAAAGGUACAAUGUAUCUGAGAGACACCUUCCUUUAUGGCCAUCAGAGUUAAAUCUUCUGCCGACAAGCCACCUCCCACGAUCAAGACAUUUUUGCCAUCAACAUCCCGUUUGAAGUUCGUCGUAUCGCUAGAAUGAACAAUAGGACCCUUGAAACCACCUUUUCUGAAAAGAUCAACAGUUUUCUGUGGCAUAUUAGGGAUUCCAUUGACUCCCCCAGCCCAGAUGCACUUGUCGAAGAAUUUGGUUUCUUCGAUUCCCGAGUUUUCGUUUCUCGUGUGUACGCGGAAUUUUUUGGUGUUGGCGUCACUGCCGUCACCUUCUAUGUAUUGAACAUUCAAUACGGUUGUACGGAAGGAAAAAUAUUUGUCGAAGAAGUUUGGACAAUUUUUCGUGCAUCGUCCCAGGAUGUAUUCCAAGACGAAUUUCCUCGGAAGAAACGUUGGCAUCUCGACUUUCCCGAAGUGGUCCACGAAUGUGUAGUCUGGAAAUUCGAACAUUUCCUUUGGUCCGUUUGUCCACAGCGCCGAAUACAUGUUUGGGGUUUGGUUCACCGGUUUGGUUGAGAUCUCGCACAAACCCGARGAUUGGUUUUUCACGCUUCCCUCGACUUUCAUCUUCUUUUGUUCGGGRCGCAUCUGUGCGUUCUCAAAAUCUUCCUCCUUYUUUUCUUCGGAAAAGGACAGAAUGUCCGCCGGCCUGGCAUCGGUAUAGCUGGAGCCGGCGGAUUCCGUCUCUUCGUGGAUGCGAUCGGAUCUCCAAACUCCACCAGGCCCCGGCGCUCGUUCAUAACAGGAGACGAUYGGAAAUCCGCUCACGUCGCCUCCACUUGCUAACAAUUCCUUCUUCUGCAUUUCCAGGGCGUGGCACAAAAACAUGGCGCCAGGCCCUCCACCAAUCACGGCAACCGUUGGAGGAGAUAGGGGUUCGUUUCCCCCCACGGGUUCGUCAGUUGACAUGGUAUCAGGUGAAUGCACUUGUGUUUUAURUUAGGAUAUCGAAAGAAUUUGUACGGUUUURUUAUUGGCCCGUGUUUGUAUCCCAGGAGGAAAGAUAGUUGGUGCUGGGGAGAAGUUGCGCAAUGAAAAAGCAGAAGGAAUUCGAGAUCCCAAGUGGAGAACGAUGCUUUAUCGUGACGAUAAUACCCGAGAUGAAAUCUCACUAGAAAGCACCCACGCUUUCAUCGGCGUUWUGAGUUUUUCGACGAAUCACGCUGCUCGUACCGUACGAUAUUUUGAAUCUAAUACAAAGAAAAGGAAAUCCGUGGGCACCCUUMCUACAGGUACGUAGUACGUACGGAUCCCGAGGUCUCGCAUAGGUUUAUCCCGGGUUCGGCAAUGCACAAGAGUAAUUAGGUGGUCCGGAGCAGUCUGUGACCGUUGAGUGAGCGUUGGCACAUGUCAAUUCAUUUUUAUUUAAAUGAUCGAGUCGGAAAAAUGUCGACCUAAUCAUCGUUAGRUCGCUGAAAAAGAGAAAGCCAGGAUAAUACGCUACGGGAAUGGUUCGUAGSUUCCUCGUACUCAAUUCGAAAAGAAAUACAGUUCGUAUCUGUUAAAAAUGAGAUGACUUUCUUGCAGUCGUACGGGUUCAUAUGAUUUAUACUUACUUUAGAUACAGUGAUUCUUAGAAGAGUYAAGAGUCAUUCUUUACUGCUAACGGCACUUUACCGUUCCCCAGUACUUUACGUGCUUACCACUUACCAUACCAUAAAACUGGUCUGUACGAGUACGCGUACGUAACUUACAUACAGUCCAGAAGAUUUCGUUCAUUCCUGAAUUGCUUUCUGGCUAGGGGGGGGGGACGGAGGAAUUCUUACCACAAAUACGGUAUUUCUAAUUUUUAAAUGGAGGAGGAUCUCAGUCUCGAAUUCACUCAUUCACGAGGAAUUGAUUCUCUGUCGUACCUGAAAUUUGGGAACGAUUCUGAUCGUGCGCUGUUCGCUCUCCAAGUGUUAUUGAAGUACGAAAAACGAAAAUGGAACGGCAAAAUCUUUGACGUCGCUGCUCAAAAUACCCGGCGGUGUCGUUGCCAUGUCCCAACCCGUGUCAUUCGUUUGGUUCCUCAUUAGACUCUGACAAACCAUUGACGACAACAAAGCAAACCCUCACUACGAUACAAACCAGCACACCCGACAAAUUCAAAAUGAAGUCCCCCAUCUCGAUUCUCAGCCUUCUGCUCCUGGCGGUCGUCGGAUCCCAAGCAUUCACCACGCAAUCCUCCUCGUCGCUCCGAAMUUCUCCCCGAACCGCCGACACCCGACUCUACCUAGACAUCGGAUCGAUGAUCCGAAAUUUCGGCAAGAAAGCCACCGCCUCCCACAUCUUGAUCGGUCCCGUUGRGAGCAGGACCGGCAGGGGUAUGUUGCAAGAAGAUGCCAUCGCCAAGCUGACCGAACUCAAGGAAGAAAUCAACAACGAUCCUGAGAAGUUUGCCGAAUACGCGAAGGAGUACAGCUCCUGCCGAUCCUCCGCCAAGGGCGGAGACCUCGAGACCUUUGGUCCGGGAAUGAUGGUCAAGCAAUUCGACAAGAUUUGUUUCGAGGACGAAGUCGGUGUUGUUCACGGACCUAUCUCUACGGCAUACGGGGAACAUCUCAUUCUCGUCCGGGAGAGAACCGGCGACGACAAWUAAAUGCGAUGGCUACGUUCGAUUCCCGAUCGCAAGGUGCGGCACGGGGUGCGAGACGGCCGUUUCUCGAAGUUUCGAUGKCAUUGCCACACACGCUAACGCAUGGAUGUGUGGCAUACCAUGYAUCGACACCAGYAAUAGUAACGUACUUUUAUUGUAUGCCGCGUGCAUAAUUAAGAUCUCCGUUGACA